GGCAUAUCAAUUAGCGACCAGUGGAGAGACUGGCUGGGUCAAACCAUCGAAUAAACCACAAGGAAGACACACACACACACAGCGAGAGAGAGAGAGAGAGAGAAAGAGAGAGAGAGAGAGAGAGAGAGAGAGAGGGAGAGAGAGAUGGCUGAAGGGAAGGCAGGAGAAUAGAUGUAAAAAAAUCUUCUCUUGUCUCGUCGAGCCACGUGUGCGCACGGCCGCAAAAAAAAAUAAAAAUAAUAAAUACAUUUUUAAAAAGGCGGAGGAGCUCCUUUCGCACUUGCUGAUUUUGCGUUGCGCAUAUGUGACAGACCCAGUGGAUGAAGAGGUGAACGGCGGGAGUAGACACUGCUUUUGCCAAACUGAGGACUUUAAUCGCUUUAACAAUGGACGCGAGCUUUUUGGUUCUGGUUUGUUCUGCGGUGUUUUUCGCCGGGCUGCAGUGCACCUCGCCGAGGACCACAGCAGCGGCGACAGAUGCCCCCGCGGCCGUCUCCGGUAACACCAGUGGUAGCAGCAGCGGGGAAACUACAGUUAAAAAAGACUUGAAUCAAACAAUAAACUCCCGGUUGAAGAGGAAAACACUGGCUGUGGAUUUUGCCGUUCCCUCUUUGCUGCGCUCUUACCUGGCGGAGUUUGUUAAGAGACCCCUAAACGGAGACUGCCAGACUUUUAGAGGAUGUUACACAGUGAGGGCAGACAUAAAAAUGCACUGUAUACCUUUACAGAAAACCAUAUCUACCUUUGUCGACCAGAGGUCUGCAACAUCCGCAAGAAGUAACACAUCUGUUGAUGGACGGCUUCCGUUCUUUUCCAAGCGGCCGCUGUCCAAAGUUCUGAAAUUAGGUCUGACCAAAGCCAGUCGCAAAUCAAAUCAAGUGGUGGUGGAAAUAGGAGAGGAUAUCAUCGGGGCGGGAUGUGGAGGCUUGUCGGUGUACGAGGAGGAACCGGUGUUCACCCUGGAAAUGGACCUCACAACUAUUAUGGAGUGGUGGCUUGGUGCAGAUGGGGGGCGACUGAGAGUCCGGCUCAUGCCCGAGAAAAAGGCGCAGGUGCCCGGGAUCGAAGACCGCUACACUGCAGCCAUACGAGCAGCAGACCCCCGCCUCUUCCUCCAGAUUUUCUCCCUGGGUGAGUCAUUGGCUGGUAGGACCGCCAUUCCUCAAGGGUACUGGAGCUUUUCUUGGGUAGCUGAGGAUGAUCUGAGCUUUCCCAACAAUUGGAUGCCCAUGUCAGAUCUGCUGUGCAACAGAAGCAAAACAUGCAACCAGAAUUUAGAUGGUGUCCCUGAGUUUACAUGGAACAUAGUGACUACGGGGGACACAUGGGAAGAGCACCACCAAAAGACCGAAAAAAGGGCGGAAAGUUCCCAAGGGUGGGAGGAAGGUCAGUUCUUUUGGGUGAAUGGUUCCUCCUUUGGGGGCCCCUGGGUGCUGAGUCCUUGGCUGCGGAGUGGCCCAACCACCUGCAGCAUGGAAUUGGCCUUGUACCUGAACCCCAAGCAAAGUGGGAAAUACACCAUAUGGCUCAUUGAGCGGGACAAGCCACAACUUGCUCUCUUCUCAACUGACACAUUACCUCCUAUGACAGGCUGGGCUGUGGCUCACCUCACCUUGGAGACCCACGGGGGAUCACCUUUCCAGAUCUCAGCCAGCUAUGACCAGCGGACACUUGAUGAAAUGGCUACGAUUGAACCCAACUUUAAAACCAACUGCACCAUGGCUUCCUCAGCGGGCCCUAUCAUCACCCUUGAGGGCCGGUACCACUGUCACGCGGGACCCAUGAUCAAACUGGACAAACUAUGCGACUUCAGAACAGACUGUCCACUUGGGGAUGAUGAGGGCGAGCGAUGCCGCCGCUUCCUCAAUGGCAGCUACUGCUCUUUUGAAGAGGACGAGUGCAGUUGGGAGUCAAUAAUGGGUGUCCCCUGGAGAAGACUCCAAUCUCCAGCCAAGGCUACUAGACAGAGCUGCCCAUCCUCAGGUGCAACACUCAGUCUGGAGGGGAACCAGUUCAAAGGCCAACGUCGCUCAGCAUUACUAAGAAGUCCUCUCUUUCCGCCUCCUUUAAGAAACUCCCCAUGCACGGUUCGGUUCUGGAUGUGUUCUGGAGGUAUACAGAAGGGGGCGCUGUCUUUGUGGAUAGCAGAAAACAGCACUGGCCCCAAGGACCAGCGCCAACUGUGGCACUCAGCCAGCGAAAGUACAUCUGAUAGAGGCUGGAAACUCAUCACAGUUCCACUUUAUGGGCUGGCUGACUGGUUCUGGCUUCUUUUCGGCUCAGAAGAUGGACCUGGUUCUGGGCUUGGCUCCGUUAUCUCAAUUGACAACAUUUCUUUCAGUAUGAACUGCUUCCUGGCUUCAAAUGGAGAGUUUCCACCGGUGGCCAGUAGCACAACACGGUUGCCCAUCGGACUGCCGAUCACUCCCACAUCCCCGUCCUUUGGGAUUCCUCUGAUGAACUUCCCUACAACAGAUUAUUCCAAAAAAUGGAUUUUUAACACCUGUGGUGCUGGCGGCCCAGAAGGUCCAACUCCCUCCCAGUGCUUCCAUUCCUAUAGAAGCAGCAAAAUCAAUGUGACAGUGGGCACUCGGGGACUCUUCAAAGGCAUUCAAAUGUGGCAGGUCCCUGAAACUGGCACAUACAGGAUCACAGCCUUUGGUGCAGCAGGCGGCCGAAGUGUUAUGGCUAUAAGUAGAUCGCACGGCAUCUACAUAGCUGGUGACUUUCUGCUGAGGAAAGGAGAGCUGAUUUAUAUCCUGGUUGGUCAAAAAGGAGAGGAUGCAUGUCCCAAUUCCAACGCCUUGCUGAAUAAGAUCUGCUUAGAACAGACCGGCCCGAUGCUGAAUAAGAGUCAAGUGAAGGGUGGAGGUGGAGGAGGUGGUGGGGCUACAUAUGUUUUCAAGGUGCAGAAUGGGAUUCACGUCCCCCUCAUCAUUGCUGGUGGGGGAGGGGGCCGAGGGUACAGAAGCCAAUCAGAGAGCCAGCUGGAACAGAUGGACUAUGACGUCAACCAACCGGGUCGCAAUGGGAAGUCAAGUGCUGCUGGUGGUGGUGGAGGAUGGAAUGCCAGUGCUCCUGUCAGUCAGGGUGGCAGACCCCUGGUUCUGGGGGGACAGGGAGGACAAGCGUGUCAAAAGUUCUGGCAGACACGAGGCGGCUUUGGGGGCGGUGGAGGUGGCUGUAUGGCUGGAGGCGGUGGUGGAGGCUACAGAGGUGGUAACACCUCAUUAAAUGACAAUCCUAAACACGACGGUGAUGAUGGCACGUCCCUCUUCGGUCCAGCUGCAGAGCCUUACCUCUAUCCUCUGAAAGCAAUGGAGAGCGAUGGAGAGGUGAUUAUCAGUCCAGUUCGGAACUGCAGUCACUGUGAGAGUGGCGAAUGUCACGAAAUGAAGAGCGACAUUGUCUGCUACUGUGACGAUGACCUCAUCCUGGCGCCUGAUGGCAUGUCCUGCAUCAACUCUACAGAGUUGUCCCUGCUGCCUCCACAGCCAUCUCUCUCCCACCUGGCGCUGGGUCUGUCUGUCGGGACCUCUGCCCUCAUCGCUGCCCUACUGCUGGCUGUGUCUGGAGUCAUGAUAAUGUACAGGCGUAAACACACAGAGCUGCAGUCAAUUCAGCUUGAGCUACAGAGUCCAGACUGCAAGCUCAGUAAACUGCGGGCAUCUACCAUCAUGACCGACUAUAAUCCAAACUACUGCUUUGCUGGUAAAACGGCGUCAGUCAACGACCUGAAGGAAGUGCCGCGACGCAACAUCUCCCUCACCAGGGGCCUUGGUCAUGGUGCUUUUGGUGAAGUAUAUGAGGGCCUGGCAGUGGGCAUCCCAGGUGAAGCGAGUCCACUUCAUGUGGCAGUAAAGACUCUCCCUGAGGUUUGCUCAGAACAAGAUGAACUGGACUUCCUUAUGGAGGCUCUAAUCAUCAGUAAGUUCAGCCACCAGAACAUUGUGCGCUGUGUAGGGGUCAGUCUGCAGGCAAUGCCCAGGUUUAUACUCCUGGAGCUGAUGACUGGAGGAGACCUCAAGACCUUCCUCAGGGAGAUGAGACCACGACUGGAGCAACCGUCCAGCCUGACCAUGGUUGACCUUCUCAACGUAGCGAGAGACAUCGCCAAAGGCUGCCAGUAUUUGGAGGAGAAUCAAUUUAUUCACAGGGACAUUGCGGCUCGUAAUUGUCUGCUGACGUGCAAAGGACCAGGUCGCGUGGCCAAGAUUGGAGAUUUUGGGAUGGCUCGGGAUAUUUACAGAGCAAGUUAUUACAGGAAAGGUGGUCGUGCCAUGCUGCCAGUAAAGUGGAUGCCACCCGAAGCCUUCAUGGAGGGCAUCUUCACUUCAAAAACAGACACUUGGUCAUUUGGGGUUCUGCUGUGGGAGAUCUUCUCAUUGGGCUACAUGCCUUAUCCAAGUCGCAGUAACCAAGAAGUGCUGGACUUUGUAACCAACGGCGGAAGAAUGGACCCACCCAAAAACUGCCCUGGGCCUGUGUACCGUAUAAUGACUCAAAGUUGGCAGCACCAACCUGAGGACAGACCCAACUUCUCAACCAUCCUAGAGAGAAUUGACUACUGCUUGCAGGACCCUGAUGUGGUGACCAUGCCUUUGCCUAUCGAAUAUGGGCCUGUCCAGGAGGAAGAGGAGUGUGUACCUGUACGCGCUGAUGAUCCCUCGGGUGCUACUGUGCUGGUGAAUGCUCAAGUGCCUGAUGGGGAACUUCCGCAACCACACCUGUGCUACCGCUCAGAGGAGAGUCAUAGAGGAGUGGAGCACACAGCCGGGUCAAGCACAGCAUCUGAGGCCAAGGCACAGACACCAUCUCAGCCCCAAGCGUACCUCCAUCAGCACCAGCAACCUCACACACAGACGUCCUUGACAAUGGUUACCACUGUUACCUCGGCAGCAACCUCCACACUCACUGCCAAGGGGCCUGCCCAGCCAGGCCCAGAGGAGGGCCACAUCAACCUUGCCUUUACCCAGGGUCACCCAGCAGAGAAGGAGAGCCACAACGGGAAGAGCACCAGUCUUUGGAACCCCACGUACGGCUCGUGGUUCCUGCAGCAGCUACAGAGGAAGCAGCAACAGAGGCAAGGGGUCGUGGGGGGUGGUUUGGCUGGGGGCAGCAGCGUUGGCAGGGUGCCUGGCGAAGGGCAGGAGCAUGUGGGACGGACUGUAGCUGAGGUGGCCGGUUCAGUGGGUCUACAGCAUAAGUUUCAACAUCAGCACCAACUUCAGAUGCUGCAGCAGCAGCAGGGUCAUCGCGGAUCCCUGUUAGCAUCUCCACCUCCAGUCAUGCAGUCCCCCCUCCUCUUAGAUUCAGGCACUUUGCCACCUGGUCCCCUCUACAGACUGAGACGUUUCCCCUGCGGGAGUAUCGGCUACGGCUUCCAGGAGCAAGGCAGGUCGAUGGAGGCGAACCCUCCUCCGCUCCUUCCCUCCCAACAGGGCGCAUCAGCAGCCCACCAGAUGGCCCCCACAUCGGUGUCUCUGGGUCGGUCAGGAUUAUCAGAGGACAGCCGACCACUGUUGGUCACCAUGGGGACAGUGCAGGACACCCGACUGCCCAGAAUGGAAGGUCACAAUGCCACUGUGCUUUAGCCUACAUGCCAGGACAGUCUAAUUCACCGCCCAUCUUAGGCAACUGUAUUUCGAACUACACAGCAUCAGACCUUGUGUCAGCAAAUCCAUCCUUUGGUUUCUCCCUCCAAUUUGGAAACAACCUCGUAAGCAUAACCAAGAACUCAAUCUGUUAAGCUUUCAUUAGGGGAAACCCAUUGAGUGUAAAAUCCCCCAUUGUACAUUAAAGCACACCAGAGAUCACUGGCUGGCAAAAUGAAUUCAAAGGCUAGUUUUUAAGUCCACAAAAUGUAUUUUUUCAUCGUAAAGGGAGCAUGACUGAAACCUCACAGAGUAGAGUUCAUAGCAAAUAUUUAAAAGUUUUUCUGUGUCACUAACUGACAGCUGCGGCGCCACCAGAAUGGACGAUUAUUCUGAUUUAAACCUCUAUAGUACGCUGACCGCAGACUGAUUCACAAACUCUGAUGACUGUGGAGACCAAUUUCAAGUGGCUGCUGCCAGCCACAUGUUUCAUUUCUAUUGCGGGACUUUAAAAUUGCCCACAACCUUCACAGAGGGGAGGGGGAGAAAAAAAAAAAAAAAGAAAGCUUGGCAGUUGACUUCUAAUUUUUGAGAAUCAUGUUGUUGGAUUUACAGAGACAUUUGUACUAAAAAGAAAAACUACAAAAAUGUGUUUGUUGAUGUUUUGCUUGCCUGCUUGUUUAUUUAUUCAUUUGUUUAUUUAUUAUUUGGAUGAGGCUCUAUAAAUUAUCAAUGAACAGGCUCAUAGUACAAGCAAAAUCACCCUGCAUCAGUUAAUGCGCAGUUCAUCUUUUAAGCUGUUUGAAAUUAUGAACAGCAAAAAGCAAGCCAAGAAAAAGUGAGAUAGAAUUCCACCCCCCCCCCCAAAAAAAAAAAAAAAAAAAAAAACUACAAAGUUCAACUAGCAGUAAUCACAAGAAAUCCCCCAUGUCCUUUAUUGUGCCCUUUGGUUGUGGAUGUAUACACAAAGCUGAUGCAGGUAAAGCAGAGAUUAUUAAUAGGCACAAUCUGUUCAGUACUUUGUUGUUGCUCAACUCGAAAAAGGUCACCCCCGCCUGCUGUAAAAUCCCACCACAAACUCGCCUCUCGUGUUCAUGCCUUCAUUGUGUUGAAGACACCGAGGUUUUUCUUUCCUUAAGGCUUUUUAGAAAACAACAAAAAAAAAUCUCUUUCCUUUUUUGUGUGUGGUUAUAAAAACAGUGGAUAUUGCUGAAUCAAUGUUAACCUUCAAAUUUGCUAUCUCAAAGCACUUCUACAUUUACAUAUUUUAUCUUUUUUAUUACUGAAUGAAUGCUGUGCAAUUCAAAUGAGUUAAAUGAAGAAACUACUUUUGCUCCUUAUAUUACAACAAUGGUUAACAUCUGAGUUUGCUGUUCUGUUCCAUAUCUGACAAAUACAACCACAAAGUGUUUAUAUUUCAGUGAGUGACGAUGAUGGUCACUUUUUCCCGAUGUUGUUUCGACUGUGUUUGAAAAGCGUGUCAGUCCAUCUGCUGCAAAGCAAAGACGGGCUGUUGAGUGUCAUGGCCAAGUCAAUGAGCAAUUAAUAUGUUGACAUUGGCUCCUGUAUGUAGGUGGAUCACUUCUUUCCAUUUUGUGUUCUCUGUGGCCUAUCCAUCAUUCUUUAAUGUACAAAGACAUACUGAACUGCAUCUGUAAAUGAUGUAAUUAAAGAGUAUUGUA